CUCCAUUCAUUAGUGAGUCACAGUGACUGCAGGUCAGACGGCACACCUCGUUACUUCCACUCUACCAACGGCACUGUCGCUGCUUCUUGUGGCUGCUGAUGAGCUCUGAUCCCGUCGCGGUCGGUGCACGAAGACUGGACGUGCUGCUGGUUUUGGGACAAACAGACGAGGACAACUUUUAGAUCAGACACACAGUCCUCCAUGGAGAUUGAAAGCAUGGUGGCAAACAGUGCUCUUAUCAAAGCCAGGGAAGGCGGAGGCGGCAAAGGCCGGAGCUGGAGAUGGAGAGAGAUGCUUCGCUUUCCUCACAUUAGCCAGUGCGUGGACCUGGCCAUGAACAUAGAACGAGACUUCUACAGUCUGUGUGUGAAGCAGCCUAUCGGCAGGAAACUGUUCCAGCUCUUCUGCCGGAGCCGCCCUGAUCUGCAGAACUACAUUUCCCUCCAGGACGCUUUGGACACUUUUGAGACAAAGUCGGACGAGGAGAGGAGAGAUUUUGGCAUCAGCAUCAUUCAGAGAUUCCUGCUGACUCAGUCCAAUCAGCGUGUCUCCGUUGUGCUGAGACAUGAACAGAGCUGCAUUCAGAGACUGGAGCUGGACCCCUGCGGGGACGUCUUUCAGCACUGCAGGGAAGACCUGCAUAAAUACCUCAGUGGAGAGCCCUUCAUCCAGUACCAGGACAGCAUGUUCUUUGAUCGAUUUCUGCAGUGGAAGAUGUUGGAGAGGCAGCCCAUCACCAAGCAGACAUUCAGACAGUACAGACUGCUGGGGAAAGGAGGGUUUGGAGAGGUGUGGGCUUGUCAGGUGCGAGCCACAGGAAUGAUGUACGCCUGCAAAAAGCUGGAGAAGACCCACGUGAAGAAGAGGCGAGGGGAGGCCAUGGCUCUCAACGAGAAACAGAUACUGGAGGGGCUGGACAGUCGCUUUGUGGUGAACCUGGCGUACGCGUAUGAGACCAAGCACGCCCUCUGCAUGGUUUUGACCAUGAUGAGCGGCGGAGACCUGAGGUUUCACAUUUAUCACAUCGGCGUCCCCGGCCUGGACAGAGACAGAGCGUGUUUCUACGCGGCGGAGGUCUGCUGCGGCUUAAUUCACCUCCACCAGAAGUCUAUAUUAUAUAGGGACCUGAAACCAGAAAACAUUCUGCUGGAUGACCACGGACACAUCCGCAUCUCUGACCUGGGCCUGGCCGUGAGGCUGUCUGAGGGGAGUCUGGUGCGGGGCAGGGUGGGCACCGUGGGCUAUAUGGCUCCUGAGGUGAUCGGCCACGAGCAUUACGGGACGAGCGCGGACUGGUGGGGCCUCGGCUGCCUGAUUUAUGAAAUGACCGCGGGGCAGCCCCCGUUCAGGGCCCGAGGAGAACGUCCCGGUGCCUCGGAGAUGGAGAGAAGGAUUCGGACACUACAGGAGGAAUAUAAUGACAAGUUCUGCGAGGAGGUGAAAGACCUGUGCUCCGCGCUUCUGACCAAAGACCCAAAGCAGAGGCUGGGCUGUCGGGGCUCGAAGGGCAGAGAAGUUCAGUCACAUCCUUUCUUCAAGAAAAUCAACUUCAGGAUGCUGGAGGCCGGACGUGUUGAGCCUCCAUUUAAACCUGAUCCCAGGCAGGUUUACUGCAGCGACGUGCAGGACAUUGAAGAGUUUUCGACAGUGAGGGGGGUCACUCUGGACCAAACAGACAGCAACUUCUACUCUAUGUUCAACACAGGCAGCGUUCCUAUAACCUGGCAGACUGAGAUGAUAGAGACGGGAUGUUUCAGGGAGCUGAAUGUUUUCGGCCCAGCUGGUUCUCGAUCCCCAGACCUGGACUGGUCCCAGGCCCCCGAGAGCCCCAGACGCAGCCUGCUGGACCGAAUCCUGCGCAGACAUCAACCUGCAGAUUCAUCAGAUGAAAGCAGACAGACCUUGGUGCCUGAUGGAGCCUGCAUGAAGUCAGGACUACUCAGCACCGCCCUCUGAGGACCGUCUCAGCACAGGGACUAAAAGACACUGAAAUAAACCAGCACCCAUCAACUGUAGCAGCAAAGGUCAGAGGAAGCUUUUGAAGUGAGAGCAAAGCACACGAGUCUUUGAGCUUGUGCUGUUAAACCACAUUAGCACUUGUCUCUUCAUCUGUUCUCAGGUACAACUGACGUAUAAUUUUACUGUUCUGUCAGUUACACAUGUGGAACGACGCACAUUUUUCCAUCUAUUUAAAAAAACAACUUACGUCCAUAUUUUUUUGUUGAGUACUUGAAUUUUGGUUCAGAUAUAUCAGGGAUUACGAAGCUGUUUUAUGACUUUGGAAGUAAAUACGAGCCAUGAAUAAACUGUAUUUUUUAAUGCAGUGGUGAGUUUUAUCCAGAUUAAAUAGAUGAAAAACA